AUGCCGCGAAACUACGAUAUACCGCCGCCGAAUCCCACUGUGGAGGAAGUGCUUGAUGAGACGGACAGCAAUAAUGACGCUCGCGGCCCCGACUCGCGUCUUUCAUGGCCUCAGAUAUGCACACAACAUGACUCCGUCCUGUCGUCGCAUUUGAAGAUGCUCUAUGCCCUCAAGACCCAGGUCGCUUCUGACCCUGACGCAUCGCGACUUAUAAGCUCUAUGAUUGAGCGCACGCAGAAGCUGGUCAAGCAGUUUGAGGGGGUCAAGAAACAUAUCGUACCACGCGCUAUGCGGAGCUCUGGUUCCGGCCCAGAUUCCAGAAAAGCUUCAAGUGACUCAACGACGCCAAGGGCGGAGGAUGGUGCCGCCCGGAAGAGAAGAAAGCGUCACCGCAUCUCAAACGAGAUUGAGCUGGUCGAUGAGCCGCAGCAGCCAGUGCUCGAGGUUCAAUCGGUCAAGCGGAAACGCGUCGACAUGAUUAUACCCGGUGCUGAUGAAGACGUCCGGAACGUGAUGCCCGUGUCUCUAGAGACAGAAGACAUCUCAGACGAAGUACAGCGCCGGCUGAAAAUCAAGGAAGAGCAACGGCGGAAGCGCGAUGCGAAGCCAGAAAAACGCAAACGAGACCGGGACAGUCUUGCGUCCAAUGCCAGCACAUCGUCGCUAGCCAGCUCAAAACCUCGGAAGAAGUUCAAAUCUACGGGAAUGGCCGACAGGUGA